AUGGUGUCACGUAUGCCUCACCCAAAGAGACAGCCCAUCAUUCUUCCAGGCUUUGAUCGUCAAACACAGCUCACAUUAGAAUUUGCAACCAUCAAAUUCGGCGCUAUUUGGCUCAGGAGAAUCUACACCAACGAAGCAGAUCCAUCUAUCCAGUUGGGUUUGGCAGCCGAAGGUUUGUCAGCCGAGGAAUACAACUCUCGCGAACACCGCCUGCAGGAAGUCCGCUACGGAAACAACAUCACCGUGCUCUUCAAGGCCUGCUUCUCUUCUAGAAUCUUUCAUGGCUCUCACUGUUUCUGGACGGCUAUCUCUCGAGGCUUCGGAGCGAGGCCCGAGGUGGUCAAAGCUGUAGCCGAUCUCUUCAUCGAAGCCCGUGCUAUAUAUCUCCGCAACAAUCCCGCGGCUUACAAGCAUGCCCCGCUGGUGACUGAGGCUACGUACUGGGUAGACAAGUGGACUUCACCCCUGAGGGAGCGAACCGACCCGAUGCCAGGAUCGGAUAAUGAUGUCUUCAAAGCAGUCGAUGACUUCUUCAAGAAAGAAAAGGCGGCAAACGGGGAUCUAGCGUGCAUUCUCUCGAAACGGACUGCCAUAGAAGCGCCUCGUGGUCCGCGGAAACGCUCAUCAUCGCCGAAUGUUUUGCAAUUUCAAGAUGAGUCGUAUUUCGGAUUGAAAAUCCGUGGUCAAGCACUAAGGGAGAAUCGCAACUCACCAAGUCACCACUUUGUUGCGGAACAGUACGAGAUGCUUGACCGGGUAAACAAUGAGCUUCAAGAACGCGUUGAUAUCCUGGAAAGGGAGAAAGUGGAGGCUGCAAUGGCUCAAAAAGACAGAGAUGACGCCAUCAGAAUGCUUCAGAUCCAGUGUGCAACUUUCGAGAAGAUGUUUGCAGCUGCGGACGCCCAAUCUUCAGUGAAUGGGAAAAUGGCCCAAGAGAUGCAAGUGAUGAUGGGAAACGUCGCUUCUCAAGGAGAAAAGCUGCAAAAGAUGGGGGCCCAACUUGAACGCAGCAAUGAAAUUACUCAAGAAAUGCAAGCCACCAUUUCCUCGCUCCAAAACAAGCUGACAGCCCAGGCACAAUCAACAGGUCAGGGUAGAAUGGCCCGGGGACCACAGACGACGCUUACGGCUACUGAAACAGAGAUGGUAAAUGAUGUGGAUUCAGGAGGCGAAAAGAGAGAGCACUUAGACAUGAGGCUUAGCACCAUGUUUCUUGAAGUUCAGAGCAGCCUUUUACAGGAAGAGGUUGAUGAAAUGAGGAGACAAAUCGCGGCUUCGAAAGACAAAGCGGUCGCCUCAAAUUCCGAAUCUGCCCAAGAGCCAAGGAUUCAAGAUUCGUCUACAAGGCUCAGGGCCAUUGAGGAAGGAAUGGAGAGACAUUUUCAAGCGGCCCAAGGAGUCACCGACCGAGUGCUGGCUCUUGGAGACCAGGCCGUUACCAGCAUUCAUGCCAGGAUUGCAACCCUUGAAAGUCAGCCAGACCCGACCCAGGAGAUAUCCAAACUGGAGACCAGAGUGUCUUCAGUGGAGGAGAACCAGAUCAACCACUUGGAUGUGAACGCUCGCAUGGUCGACGAUUUGCAAACGCGUUUCGAGGAGAUGAUAAAAGAGCUUUCAAAGAGGGUCGAUGAAGUAGGCAGCCUGCCCCUCACCAAGGCCAUUUCUGAUGGCGUUGCCGAGAUACAAGCCAGGCUUGCAGCUGUUGAAGAGCACGGGAUUGAAACCUCAAGGCGCCUCGAUGAUAUGGAGGUGUCCCAUGAUGCACUCAUGUUGCAAGACCAGUCAUCACGCAUCGAUGGACUGUCCCAGUCUCUCAAAUCGAUGGAGAAUUUACUCUUCGGCCUGGCAAGAAGCGAUGAUGUGCAAGCGCUAAGGGCCGAGUUCAAUACACUGUCCCAGACACAGAGCAUUGCCAACCAGCCAACAGGUCAAGGCCACAGCAGCCUCGCCACACUCAAUAGCGCAAUUGAUUGUCUCUCUAGCAGGAUGGCAAGGCUCGAAGAUGCGUAUGAGACAUUCACGUCGGAGAGUCGCAAUAGGCUUGAACAGCUGUCCAGCACGAGUGUCAACCCUGUACAAGAUGGCGAACUGAACAAUACCUCCAUUGUCGUCGACUCAUUGUGCCAGCGGAUCAGAGUUAUCGAGAACGGCUUUCAGACUUUGAGAGACGUAAUGUGCAGUCGCCGGCGUUGA